GAGUUCUGUACAAAAUAUCACACACGCCCUACACUUUAGCAUCUAAAGCAAUAACAUUCCUAGCGCAGUUUUUUAGUAGUCUUCCAGCAGCCCCUCACCUAAAUAACUUCCCCCUUAUAGUGCCGCCAUAAUUCUAUAUUCAUUCUGCAUUAAGAGGCGCUGCUUUAGUGAAGUCUGGCUUGACAGCACCUACGCCUUUCCUGACUUCUCAUGUGGUACUGUACAUGUUGGCAGCCCUAUAAAUCUGUCCAGGAGCUACACACUUCCCUAGGUCACAUCAGACUCACCCGCCCACAUCUUGGUCACAUGGUAGGAACAUCGCACUUCCUGCAAGGCAGCCUGCUCUAUGGAGCUGCUGGGGCCCAUCCAGGGGAAGGCGCGGGAGAUCCGAAUGUAGCACGGUGUUGUGACGAGUUAAUGUCAGAGCGGUGUAACACUACACAAAGGAGAAAAAAUGUCAUCUGCGCUUUCAGAAUAUACGAUUGGUGGGGUGAAAAUCCUCUUCCCAUGUAGAGCGUAUCCUUCCCAGCUUGCAAUGAUGAAUUCAAUUAUGAGAGGCCUGAACUGUAAACAGCACUGCUUGCUGGAAAGUCCAACUGGAAGUGGAAAAAGCUUAGCAUUGUUAUGUUCUGCACUUGCAUGGCAGCAGUCUUUAUAUGGAAAGCAGGCAGUGGAUGAAAAAUCAAAUGAGAAAGAAUGUACAAAGAUGGAAAGAGUAACUCCAUGUUGCUGUUCAUGUCAUUUGAGAAAUUCUGAUGAACUCUCUUUCAAUUCCAGUAAUAGACAAAUGAAUUCUACUGAUAGCACACCAUCAAAUUUUCAAGGAGCUUCUAGCAACAAAACUACUUUAGCUGCAAAGCUGUGUGCAAAGAAGCAAGCAUCUUUUAUAGCCGAUCAAGAUGAUGAUUUUCAAACAGACAGGAAAAGGAUUCGACAGUCGCAUGAUGAACAACAGCAGGCAAAAAAACGUCGUUGUUAUGAAAAAGGAGUGCAGUUUAUUGAUGAUGACUUUAAUCGGAAUCAUACGGACCUUGAUAGUCACAACCAAAAAAAGGCUAGCAUGGAUAGUUGUCCAGAAGUCAUAGCUUCAUCUUCCAAUCAUUCUGUUGGACCUUGCAGUCUUUGUUUAUGUGAUGGUCAGACCAAAGAAGAGGAUAAAGCUAUUGAAAAGGGCAAGAAGGAAAAUGGAGAGAAGCCAAAGGUGCCCAAAAUAUUUUUCGGUACACGUACCCAUAAGCAGAUAGCCCAGAUAACAAGGGAACUACGGAGGACAGCUUACUCAAGUGUUCGCAUGACCAUACUGUCAAGUAGAGAACACACGUGUGUUCACCCGGAUAUUCACUCCAACAGGAAUGAAAAGUGCAAGGAACUUCUAGAAGCAAAGGAUGGGCACUCGUGUCGCUUUUAUCAUGGAGUUCAGAAAAUGAAUGAGCAAAAUUUGCUUAAGUACAGACAUGGUGUUGAUAAGGCUUGGGACAUAGAAGAGCUGGUUGGAUUGGGCAAAAGGCUUCGUGCAUGUCCAUACUUUGCAGCCCGGGAGUUGAUGCAGGAAGCUGAUAUAGUAUUCUGUCCUUACAAUUACCUUUUAGAUUCUCAGAUCAGGGAGAGUAUGGACAUUUUUUUGGAGGGUCAAGUGGUCAUCCUAGACGAAGCCCACAAUAUUGAGGAUUGUGCCCGUGAAUCAGCAAGUUUUAGCUGUAGUGAUGAACAGCUUAUGUAUGCUCGAGAUGAGAUUGAUAGCAUGGUGAAUCAUGGCAUCCGAGUUAGUGACCACGAGCCUCUAAGGGCUGUGUGCUACAGUUUAACCAACUGGAUAAGGGAAUGUUCUGAUCAACUAGUAGAAAGAGAAUAUGAAGCAUCUUGCAAGGUGUGGAAUGGUAAAGAAAUUCUUGCGAUUUUUCAUGACAUGGGCAUAACAAAUGCAACAUUUCCUCUUCUAAAAGCCAAUCUUGCUGCUGUGGUUGAAAAAGAAGAGAAGAUAACUAUGCUCCAUGGGCAGGAAAAUGUAAUUAAAAUUCCUACACUGAGCCCACAAACACAGAUGGUUUUGAAGGGCCUGUUUCUGGUUCUGGACUACCUCUUUCGUCAGAAUAACAGGUUUGCAGAAGAUUAUAGAAUUGCCCUGCAGCAGUCGUACACCUGGGCAAACAGACAAGAUAUUCCAGACGAAAAUGGAUUUUUUGCAAGGCCUAGAAAUAGGCGAGCUGUUCGACAAAAGAUUAUGGUUUACACUCUGAAUUUCUGGUGUCUGAAUCCAGCUGUGGCUUUCUCAGAUCUAAGCAGCAAUGCUCGCACUAUUGUCUUGACAUCAGGCACUUUAUCUCCAAUGGGAUCGUUUUCAUCUGAACUUGGUGUUAAGUUUUCAAUACAGCUUGAGGCAAACCAUGUGAUUCAUAAAUCCCAGGUGUGGGUUGGUACUGUUGGCGCUGGCCCUAAGGGUCGAAAGCUUUGUGCAACAUUUCAGCAUACAGAGACAUUUGAUUUUCAGGAUGAGAUUGGGGCACUCCUCCUUUCUGUGUGCCAGACUGUGAGCCAUGGAGUACUCUGCUUUCUGCCAUCUUAUAAGAUGCUGGAGAAAUUGAAAGAUAGAUGGAUGCACACUGGGUUAUGGGAAAAUCUGGAGAGAAUCAAGACAGUCAUUAAGGAACCACAAGGAGGGGACAAAACUGACUUUGACAAAAUGCUGCAGAUGUACUAUGAUGCCAUUCGUUAUAAGGGUGAGAAAGAUGGGGCUCUUCUAAUUGCUGUGUGCAGAGGGAAAGUAAGUGAAGGACUGGACUUCUCUGAUAACAAUGCACGUGCUGUUGUUACUGUAGGCAUUCCAUUCCCAAACAUAAAAGAUUUACAGGUUGAGCUAAAGCGAAAGUAUAAUGAUCAACAUGCAAAAAGCCGGGGGCUUUUACCAGGCAGUCAGUGGUAUGAAAUUCAAGCAUACAGAGCUCUGAACCAAGCCUUGGGGAGGUGUAUUCGCCAUAAGAAUGACUGGGGUGCCUUAAUUCUGGUUGAUGAUCGUUUCCGCAGCAAUCCUAAAUACAUCACUGGGUUAUCCAAAUGGGUGCGGCAGCUUGUACAGCACCACUCUACCUUUAAUGGAGCACUUGAGUCAUUAAAUGAAUUCUCAAAAAAUCAGCAGCAGAGAAUGCAAAUAUCCAGUACAACCUGCGAUGAGGAACCUUCCCUGGGAGCACCGUCGUCUUCCAAGAAUACCUCUCCGACAUCUUCAUUGUUGGAAUUCACAGUUCAUCCUACACAAAGUGUCAGUGAAUUCACACAACCAACUUUUUCCACUCAGAGUUCAACAUUACCUCCGGAGAUUGCAAUUCCUUUAAGUCCAAUCCCAGCAUCUCUUGUUGGUACUGCUCCCAGAUAUAAUACAGAAGUUAUAUCUCAUCGGAAUGAAGAGGAAAGAAGAGAAAGCAGCACAUCAGUCAAAACUAACUUAAUGAAAACAUUUAAGAAUUCAAAAUUAAAUAACUCCAAGCAGAGAACAUCAUUCUACAAUUAUUUUACAAGCAAGGCACACACUUCAACCCCACGGCAACCCUCAUCCAAAAGACGUGAAUCCAACUUAGAGAGCAAUGAAUGCAAUGAAUUUGUGAGUGGUUAUGGUGCCUCAGUAAAUUCAGGAAUCUUUUUACAAGGGGUUGGUGGAGAAAAUAAUGUUCCCAGAAAGCAAGAUGAUUCCCAUAAUGAGAACUGUACAGAAAUCAUGUGUAAUGCUGUGCCCCUGUUCCAUAGCACAGCUAGAGAAACACACGCAAGUGUUAGUCCAACACAUGUGGAAACCUCCAUUUCUGUAUUGCCUGAGGAUAACACUGACACUGAUAUUACAAUCCAUUGUACCCCAGAAUUGUAUGAUGAUGAUGGCCAAGAGAAUCUUGUGUCUGAUCAUGAGGACGAUACAUGCAAUGAAGAAAAAGAGAACAAAAUAGACAGUGGCAGAGCAGAGAAAGACAGGAAUGAAUGUGCUCCUGACACAAGUGUUUCAAAAGAGAACCUGCACCACAAAGAGGAAUACCUAAAUGUCUCAGGCAGUGAAAACAUGUUUAAUAUAGGCAGAAUUAGGGGGACAGAGGAAAAGAAGAGAGAAAACAGACUUUCACGGUCUAGAAAUAAAGGGGUGUCUUCGUUUUUUCUAGACUAAUUAGGAAUGUCAAGUCUCUCAAAAGGCACUAACUUUGGCCAGGAGCAGUAACCCAUAGUAACCAAUCAGCAAGUGGAAUUUAUUAGUCACCUGUUUAAAAGAAAACAUCUUAUUUGUUGCUAUGGGUUACUGCUACUAAGCAAACUUAGUGCCCCUUAUUAUAUAUCCCCACUUCAAUUCUGGUAGCACUAUAUGUAUGUAUGUAUAUAUAUAUAUAUAUAUAUAUAUAUAUAUAUAUAUAUGCAGCAAGUUAAAGAUCUUAUAUUAUUAAAGAUUACAUGUAGCUAUUAUGAUACAUCUAUAAAAAAACCUGUCCUCUUUGAUAAGAAACAGUUCUUAAAUCAUGUUUUUCACUAUUAUAUUUGUCAGUGACAUUUGUGUUUUGUUUUACAAAUGAUAGGUUUUUGGGUUUUUUUUCUUUUAUAAAGUAGUGCCUGGACUGUGUUUAAUGGCACAUCACUCCAAGUUUUUCAUAUAGCUCUUACUGUAAAACAAGAUUUUGUUGACUGUAAAUAAAAAAUGGAUAUUAUAUUUUUGCUCUUUUGACUUAUAAAACAUGUUCCUAUUAAA